AUGAGCAAAAGAAACAAGAAAUCUAAAGUUGUUACCUUUGGACCGUUGCCUAAUGAGGACAGUGAUCAGGACGAUGAGAAGGAUGUACAUGUUCACGGGACACCAUGCUCUGAAAUGGGAGUGUGUGACCAGGGCUCUGCAGUCAAAUUCCAGGUUACCUCGAUCACCAGCAAGAAGAAAAAGGAUGGAAGCAGACAGGAAUGGAAGUGUCUGACUCCAGUGCGGAGGUCACUGCGGAUCCAUCAGUCGGCGGGUCAGUAUCCGCAGGUAGUAAAGGAACAUGACAUUGUGAUGGCUUCUCUGGAGGGGGUCAUGGACAUGUCUGACACAGAGGCUUACCUGUAUGUGAGAAAUGAAGCUCUCCCAGAGGAAGCAGAUCACCCCAUCCUUAGUAUGGUAAAGCAGGACAGCUCAGAGGGUGAAGUGUGA